UCCUUCCAGUCCCGCCCGGGGUGUAAUGGCGAUGACAGCCUAGUGCUUGCUGUGCUGCUCCUACAGGCCUCUCUCUCGGUGCCCUGGCCCGUCUGGAGCCUCGCCUCAUCUGCCUUUUUAAGCCUGUAAUUUAAGACUGUAUCCCAUUCUGGAUCUGGAGAAGCCGCGUCCUGGGGCUUCAGUUGUGCAAGUUAUUUUGUGGUAUCACGAGAUCUCAGUGAUAGCAUUGUGGUGUUCAUUUUUGGGUUGCGUCAGUGUGGCCAAGAACAAUUCUCCCGCACUUGCAAGAGGGAGAGAGAUCCUCUGGACGCACUUGUUCUCUGAGGUUGCGGGUGCCGUGGGAUCACACAGCUUGUGGUGCAUCCCAGAUAGCUGGGUGGGGUGGGGUGAGGUGAUUUUUCGGGGAGACAGUUUUUUCAUUUAAUGGUGGAGUGAGUGAGUGAGUGAGUGAUUCGGUGGGGCAAGGCCAUGGCGCCUGGAUCGAGGUUGUUGUUCAGCUUCGAGGCCGCUCGUUCACUUUGAGCUAUCGUCAAUUUGGACGCGGCAGCGAGGCUUUGUGAUCACAUUGCAUCUAGAUUGUACAGCAUAGAUUCGAAUUUAAUUUAGAAUAAAGAUAUGGGAUGUGGAGGCAGCAAAGGUACUAAAUGUUACCUUGAGUUAGCAGUCAAUGACAGUGUCAUAGGGCGCCUCGUGGUCGAGUUGCGAGCUGACGAGGUUCCCAAAACUGCCGAAAAUUUUCGACAACUGUGCACUGGUGAAAAUGGUAAUUCAUACGCGGGAACUACCAUACACCGUAUUGUUCCAGGUUUCAUAGCCCAGGGUGGUGAUUGUGGGAAGUCAAUUUAUGGGAAGAAGUUCGAUGAUGAGAAUUUCAAGCUUUUGCACAAAGGCAAGGGUGUACUCUCCAUGGCCAAUACUGGACCUCAUACUAAUGGCACCCAAUUCUUCAUCUCGCUGGGUGACUGCUCUGAGUUGGACGGAAAGAAUGUGGUGUUUGGAAAAGUUGUUGAAGGAAAAGAAGUUUUGGAGGCUUUGAAUGACUUGGGCACUACAGCCGGGAGUACCAAAAGCAAAGUUACUAUCCACAGUUGUGGGGAACUGUAGUCAACUUCGAUUCUCACCCAAUUCCCACAACAAACCCUCAUAUGUAAUGUCAAACACGUUCGACUUUUGAGCCUACGCCUGCUGAGAUUGUAGCCUCUGACUUCAAUAGAAGGUUUUUUUCUUUUUCUUUCUUGUUAUGUACACUUCAGUGCUGUUAGUGAUGGAAAAAUGAUCGAGGCAACUCACUGUAGUUGCAGGUUUGAAGCUCAAGGUUUCACUCAUGUUUCACAUUUUGUUACAUUGAAAUGACGUCUCUAAAAGUCUUUUUUCUU